CUCUCUCUCUCUCUCUCUAGAGUGAUCAGCGAGCAAUGCAGGAAUGGCUCAGUACAGGCAAUCAGGAUUCGAGAGAGACAGAGGAGGGGUCCGAAACGGCGUCGCAUCGGAUCACGUGUCCAUCGGGAUUCGUGCGAAUCCAUUGAAGCAGUCACGACAUCAACAUCAUCAUCGAAGGUUGAAGAACCGGAAGCUCUCGAUCGGCGCUCUCAUUGUCAUUCUCUCUCUGGCUUUCGUCGUCUCCGUCUCUGCUUUCUUCUACCUCUCCUCUAAAGACCAAGGAUCAAAGGAUUUUCAUGCUCAAGAUGAUGAUUCAGGAAAUGAUACCGACUUUCUUACAAAUGUUACACGGACACAGAGAUUUAAAGUCCUUAAAUUUGGGCAUGGUUCUGUUGCACAUGGCCGAGAUUCACGGUACUGGGACAGGGAUGAUAGGAGAAGAGAUGAAGAUUAUAGUGAGGACAUGGUGGAGCAUGCUAGCGUGGAUGCUCAUGAUGGGUCCAUUGAUAGUGGUCAUGUUUCCUUGAAGGGGAAAGAUGAUGAUAAGAAGUCUAUUAUUGCCGAAUCUCGUAAGGGUUUGGAUAUUAGAGGUGGUGGGUUGUAUAAUGAAGCUGGGCGCGAUGAACUGAAAACAUAUGAAGCUGAAUAUGAGGCCUCCUUAAAGGGUGUUGGGCAUUCAAGAAAAGAACAUAGCAAUACAAAUCAGCAAUCAGAUGAUGCGCAUGCGGAAACUCAGAAUGAGGGGAUGGAUUUUGAUGAUGAGUAUGAUGAUGGCAUCUAUUUACAUGACGCUCGAAAUGAAGAAUAUCAGGAUGCUGUACAUGAUGAUGGGGACCAUUCAGAUGUAGUAAAAUCUGGGAUUAUAGAUGCCAAAAUCAAAGAUCGAAAUAUUGCUGAGAAGGUUGAGGGAGCUUCUAGUGAUUUGUCUGGUGAAGAUUCUUCUUCUAACUCUGUACAUUCUGAUGAAGAAAGAGUCACACAUGUCAGUGUUAUUGAUGGUCAAUCUGUAAGGUCUACUUCUGAAAGGCAUUCAGUUUCGAAAAAGAAGUCAAAGCGCCGCAAAUUUUCUGGUUCUUGUGAGAUGAAGUUUUUGAAUUCUACAGCGAAGCUUGUAGAACCUUUGGAAAGUCGAAAGUUUGCAAGAUUUUCCUUGCAGUAUACAAAUAUACAAGGUAGGCCCGUUGGACAAGAACAAUGGGAGCCCAGAUUUGCGGGGCAUCAGAGCCUAAAAGAAAGAGAAGAAUCAUUUAUUGCCCAUGAUCAGAAAAUAAAUUGUGGCUUUGUGAAAGGUCCUAAAGGAUCUCAAAGUACGGGAUUUGACUUGGCAGAAGAUGAUGCUAAAUACAUUAGUACAUGCCAUAUUGCUGUGAUUUCUUGCAUCUUUGGAAAUUCUGAUCGCUUGAGAACACCAAUGGGAAAAACGAAGCAAUUGCAGAAUUCUAUAUUUGCUGCAAUAUCCAAUUUGACAUUGAUUGAUGUUGAUUAUAUAAAAAAUUCAGGUUCUUGUGAGAUGAAGUUUUUGAAUUCUACAGCGAAGCUUGUAGAACCUUUGGAAAGUCGAAAGUUUGCAAGAUUUUCCUUGCAGUAUACAAACAUACAAGGUAGGCCCAUUGGACAAGAACAAUGGGAGCCCAGAUUUGUGGGGCAUCAGAGCCUAAAAGAAAGAGAAGAAUCAUUUACUGCCCAUGAUCAGAAAAUAAAUUGUGGCUUUGUGAAAGGUCCUAAAGGAUCUCAAAGUACGGGAUUUGACUUGGCUGAAGAUGAUGCUAAAUACAUUAGUACAUGCCAUAUUGCUGUGAUUUCUUGCAUCUUUGGAAAUUCUGAUCGCUUGAGAACACCAAUGGGAAAAACGGUAUUGAACAUUAUUUAUUUUCGUAUUUUCUUUAUGUGCAUUAAUCUAGGAAAAUAG